AUGGAAAGAUUAAAACAAGAUGAAGGAAAAGUAAUGGAAAUUGAUCGAAAUGAAGUGAAAGAUUUCGUGAAAGUUGAAUGUAAAGAUGAAAUGGAUCGAAAAGAGGAAAGAAAAGAUCGUGAAAGUUUGGAAGAAGCGAGAAAAGUUCAAGAUGAAAAGAUGAAAUGUGAACGAGAGGAAAAGCAGAUGAAGAUGAAAGUUGAAAUUGAGAAUGAAAAGAAGAAACGAGAUGUUGAAGAGUAUGAAAAGAUUUGUAAAGAACGAGAAAUUCAAGAAAAAAUUGAUAAAGAACGAAAAGAUGAAGAGAAGAAACGUCAAGAAUGUGAAGAAUAUGAGAUGAAGAAACAAGAAGAUGAUUCGAUGCAGUUUCAACGAGAGUUAGUAGAGUUGGAACAAGAAGCACGUUGGCAACAAGAAGAAAACGUACAAAUGAUGAUAGAAGAGAAUUAUAUUCGAGAGACUCAAGUAGUAGAAUGUGAUGAUGUUAAAGUUACAUGCGAAGAUCUUUCAAGUCAAGAUGUAAGUGUUCAAGACAUUGAGAUCGAAACGAAUUUCAUUCAUGCUGCGAAUGAAAACGUGGAAGAAAUUGUUGAUUAUGAGAAUUUAGAAGAUUUAAGUGUUGCUACAGAUUGUUUCGAGAAGAUAUCGAAACGAGAUGAUGAGAGUGAAGAGAUACACGAAAGUAUCGAGAUAAUUACCAAGAAAGUGGAUGAAAACAUCAUUGAUGUAUACCGACAACGAGUUCUUGCACGAAAACUUGAAGCAAAGCAACGACAAUUGAAGGAAGAACUAGAGCUUUCAAAUGGAUCUUUUGCUGAAUCUAGUGCUGCAAGUAAUAGUGAUUCAUUCUAG